ACUAUCAAUAGUAACAGAAUAUAUGCAUGAGCUAAAAAGAGAAUACUACAAUGUCUUACCCAACACCUGGCGGUGGCAUUGGUGGCAAACCACCAACUCGCUGUUUUAAAGCUUGUUUAUGAAGAAGUGACAUUUUGUUGUUGAAAUUUAAUUACUUGAAUUUACUUCCCCUCGAAGAGUGUACGAAAUUGUUGAACAAUCAAAAUGCCAGGCCGAGAGGGCUUUAUUUACCAGUACAGAAACUGUGUCAUACUAAGAGACCACAAACUGCAGAAAGAAGACCUGUGGGUGAGAGACGGGAAGAUAAUAAAUCCUGAGAAGCUCUUUUAUGUUGAGAAAAAGAAGGCUGACAUUCAGAUCAACUGCCACGGAAGCAUUAUUGCCCCCGGAUACAUUGACAUACAAAUAAAUGGUGGGUUUGGUAGAGAUUUCUCAGAGACAGAUGACAUCGUUGAAGAUGUUAAAUUUGUUGCGAAGAGUCUUCUGGAGUUUGGGGUGACGUCAUUCUGUCCUACCCUGGUGACAAGUUCUAGGGAAAUGUAUAAGAAGAUUGUGCCUUUUGUGAAGAAACAAAAUGGCAGUUCUGAUGGUGCUGGAAUUCUGGGUUUACAUUUAGAAGGUCCAUUCAUAAGCAAGGAAAAGAAGGGGGCUCACAAUGAGGCAAACAUCAAAGACUUCAAGAAUGGUUUCAGAGAUGUAGAGGAAAUGUACUGCCAUAAUUUUGAUAAUGUUGCCAUAGUAACCAUUGCACCGGAGCUAGAACGAUGUUCAGAAGUCAUCAAUGAGCUGUUCAACAGAGGAAUCAAAGUUUCAAUUGGGCACAGUGGGGCGAAUUUGGUUACUGGGGAAACAGCCAUACAACAGGGUGCGAACAUGAUCACCCACCUGUUUAAUGCAAUGCUGCCAUUCCAUCAUCGUGAUCCCUGUCUCAUUGGCCUGCUGACCAGCAACCAGAUACCCACAGAGCGAACCGUGUUCUAUGGACUCAUUGCAGACGGCAUCCACACACACCCCUCUGCUUUGAGAAUAGCAUACAGGGUCCACCCCAAAGGGAUGAUUCUGAUCACGGACGCCAUAUCAGCAAUGGGACUGCCGACAGGAAAGCAUCACCUUGGUAACCAGAGCAUAGAAAUCCAGGGCAAACGGGCAACCAUUGCUGGCACAAAUACCCUAUGUGGAAGCAUUGCCAAGAUGGACUACUGUGUAAGAAAUCUUCUGAAAAAUGCAGACUGUGGCCCAGAGUUUGCCCUGGAGGCAGCCUCUCUGCAUCCCGCCCAGGCCCUGGGUAUCGCAGGCAGCAAGGGCACCCUGGACUACGACACAGAUGCAGACUUCCUCCUCCUGAACCAGGACUUGAACGUCCUGGCCACAUACAUUGCAGGAAACAAAGUGUGGGACAGUGGCAAUGUGCCCGGUCUGUGAGUGGCUGGGAAAUAUGUGUGUGAUGCUCACUAUUUUUGUCAAACAUCACAUGGUCAGGGAUCAUGGUUUUCUUGUCAACUGGAAAUAAAUAAUAUUCUGUCAGAAAAAACAUCAAGUUUUGAUUUAACUUCCAUUAAACAAAUGAAAAACGCAAUAUCUGUAAAAAAAAGAAAGAAAGAUAAUGUACAGAUAUUGCUGUAUUUAAAAAAGGACUUAGUUAUGUUGAAUAAAAUAAUAAAGCUUAUGUGUUUCUCAGUAAAUAUAUAAAUACAUUUGUGAAGUUUUUUAUACUGUUACCGUUAUAUUUUUUUUACAGCUGGCAUGUAUCACUCCUGUGGUGUCAAGAAAUUGUUCGUUUUUAUAGAACUGGCUAUUGUUUAUUGAUAGUGUUAAUGUUGUUUGUUGUUAAAUAUGUGUGUUAACUGAUCAUUCCAGGUAAUAGGGAUGACAUCAUGCUGCGCUCUAUGUUUUAUAGGUUGCCAAUAUUGAACUUCAAAUAACUAAGAUUUUACCAUAUUUUGAAAUCAAGGCACCUGUGUAUUGUCCCCUACUGGUGAAACCUGAGGGGACUUAUCGUUUGCGCUCUUUGUGUCAGUCUGUCUAUCUGUCUGUCAGUCCGUCACAUUUUUCUGGAUCCUGUUCUCCUGAAAAAGUUCUUCAUAUUUUUUUAUGAAACUUGAAAUACGGACAGAUGGCAAUAUGGAGAUAAUGCACGUCAAUUCAUUUUGUUCCUACUUCAAAAAUUGUGGUUGCUAUGGCAGCAAAUGUAAAAAGUAUAUAAUUUUUUACUGACAAUGGUGGAGUUUCAUCGGUAGGGGACCAUAUUGCUUGGCAAUCUCUUGUUUUAUAGCAAUUAAUAUUUAUGUGUUCAAAAGUCAUUUGCAGCGUUGCUGAUUUCAAAAUGGAAAUCAUGCCAUGUGGCAAUAGCGGUUCAGUGACUUUUUAGCUCACCUGUCACGAAGUGACAUGGUGAGCUUAUGUGACCGUGUGAUGUCCAGCGUCAGUUGUGCGUGCGUGUGUGCAUGCAUUUCUCCAUCAACAAUUUGUUUGUGGAGACAGUAGAGGUCACAGUUUCCAUCCAAUCUUAAUGAAAAUUGGUCAGAAUGUUUAUCUUGAUGAAAUCUGGGUUGGGAUUGUAUUUGGGUCAUCUGGGGUCAAAAACUAGGUCACUAGGUCAAAUAAUAGAAAAACCUUGUGUAGACAAUAGAGGUCACAGUUUUCAGCCAAUCUUUUUGAAAUUUGGUCAGAAUGUUUAUCUUGAUGAAGUCUGGCUUGGGAUUGUAUUUGGGUCAUCUUGGGUCAAAAACUAGGUCACUAGGUCAAAUAAUAGAAAAACCUUGUAAAAACCUUGUGUAGACAAUAGAGGUCACAGUUUUCAUCCAAUUGUAAUGAAAUUUGGUCAGAAUGUUUAUCUUGAUGAUCAGUGUUGGGAUUGCAUUUGGGUCAUCUGGGGUCAAAAACUAGGUCACUAGGUCAAAUAAUAGAAAAACCUUGUGUAGACAAUAGAGGUCACAGUUUUCAGCCAAUCUUUUUGAAAUUUGGUCAGAAUGUUUAUCUUGAUGAAAUCUGGAAUGGGAUUGUAUUUGGGUCAUCUGGGGUCAAAAACUAGGUCAUUAGGUCAAAUAAUAGAAAAACCUUGUGUAGACAAUAGAGGUCAUUAUGUACUGUUGUGGUGGGGUCUCCGUUCCCACCAUAUGGUUUCCGGAUGAUAACUCAAGAACACUUAUGCCUAGGAUCAUGAAACUUCAUAGGUACAUUGAUCAUGACUGGCAGAUGACCCCUAUUGAUAUUGAGGUCACUAGGUCAAGGCCACAGUGACUCGUUCUUGGAUGCAGUUUAGGACCACAUUUGCAGAUUAUAUUAUGUACUGUUGUGGUGGGGUCUCCGUCCCCACCAGAUGGUUUCCGGAUGAUAACUCAAGAACGCUUACACCUAGGAUCAUGAAACUUCAUAGGUACAUUGAUCAUGACUGGCAGAUGACCCCUAUUGAUUUUGAGGUCACUAGGUCAACGAUCAAGGUCACAGUGACUCGUUCUUGGAUGCAGUUUAGGACCACAUUUGCAGAUUAUAUUGUGUACUGGUGUCAUGGGGUCUCCGUCCCCACCAGAUGGUUUCCGGAUGAUAACUCAAGAACGCGUACGCCAAGGUGCAUGAAACUUCAUAGGUGCAUCGAUCAUGACUGGCAGAUGACCCCUAUUGAUUUUGAGGUCACUAGGUCAAAGGUCAAGGUCACAGUGACUUGAAAUAGUUCAAUGGUUUUCGGAUGAUAACUCAACAAUACUUAAGCCUAGGAUCAAUGAAACUUCAUAGGUACAUUGAUCAUGACUGGCAGAUGACCCCUAUUGAUUUUCAGGUCACUAGGUCAAAGGUUAAGGUAACAGUGACUCGAAAGAGUAAAAUAGUUUCCAUAUGAUAACUCAUGAAUGCUUACGCCUAGGAUCAUGAAACUUCAUAGGUACAUUGAUCAUGACUGGCAGAUGACCCCUAUUGAUUUUCAGGUCCCUAGGUCAAAGGGUAAGGUCACAGUGACAAAAAACGUAAUCACACAAUGGCUACCACUACAACUGACAGCCCAUAUAGGGGACCUGCAUGUUUUACAAACAGCACUUGUUUAAUAUUGAACACAGCAACUAUAUAUUUGGCAUGCAUGUGUAUCUCGUGGAGCUGCACAUUUUGAGUGGUGAAAGGUCAAGGUCAUCCUUCAAGGUCAAAGGUCAAAAAAAAAAAAAAAAAAAUCAUUUCUCCAUUCAAUCUCUUACUUACUUCUUAUGGAGCUGCACAUUUUGAGUGGUGAAAGGUCAAGGUCAUCCUUCAAGGUCAAAGGUAAAAAAAAUCAAAGCGGCGCAUUAGGGGGUAUUGCGUUUCUGACAAACACAUCUCUUGUUGUAAACAAAGUUUGAUGUUUGGUAAGGGGGGUCAACUCAAAAUAUUUGUCACCAGGUCAACUCUUACAAUAACAAAAACACUCCAUACGCCAGAGUUCUGGUUCAAUAAUGAUGAAACUCGACCAGAAUGUUUGUCUGGACAAUAUCUAGGUCAAGUUUGACGUUAGGUCAAGAUUGAAUGAACCGACUCCUCUCGGGUGAGCGAACUAGGGCCAUCUUGGCCCUCUUGUUUUAAAUAUUGCUGUUCUGUCUGGAAGAGACUGGUUGUCAUGACAUUUUCAAAUCAUGUUCUGUAAAGCAAUUAAGAUUUCUGUUUGAAUGAAUCAGAGUCAGUUGAAAUUGAGUCAGUUUCAAUUAAAUAGCAAGUCUGCACAUUGAAACACCCUUAUACAUCUGAAAAAUUUUCCUAUUAAAUCUUAGUUGAGAUUUUUGUUAACAAUAUAUGUCUGUUUUCAAAUACAAUUCUAGAACACCAGCUCUUCAAAUGUUUUUCCAAGUAAAGUCACCUUUCAUGUAGGACACAAAUCUAUUGUGUUUGUUUUUGUGUUUGCAAAUGAAUUACAUGUAUUCUUUAAUCAAGUAUGAUGGUGUGUAGACAUUUAUAGUUGCUUGAGUAUGAAAAAUAUUUUAAAUGUGUUUGUUUUAAUUCUGCAUAGUCAUAGUGAGUAUUUAAGUCAAAAAGCAGUGGUCAGACUCAGUAGAAUCUGCUUACAAUUUUUCUCUGGUAACUUUGUCAAUCUAUAAACGGUCAUCCAGUACAUAAAGGAUAUUUGUUGGUUUGUUAGAAUAUCAAUUUAAUUCACAAGUGAUCAGGGAUUUAACAUUUUCAUGAUUUGCACAGCCUAUGAGUGAGAAUAUUUAUUUUUGGUGAUCACAAGAUAUUAUUUCACUGGAAUAAUGAUGUCAUUAAGUAAAAAAGCAAUGUCAUUUCACAAUAAAACUAUGAAAAUAAUCAAUUAAAUCACUGAUAAUGCCUUAUACACUACAUAAAGGCAUCAAAUAACAAGUGCACAUACUGUUGUUAGGGGUAAACUGCCUUAUAACUUAAGAAGAAUGCCUACCAAGUUACUUGGUUAAAAGAGUGGCAGUGUACUCUUGAACCCAGAUUGAGAUAAUUAACAAAGCUAGUUGGUCUGAAUUUAAUUAUGUACAUAUUGGAAGUGCAGUGAACACCAUUUUAAGAAACGGAAUAGAUUGAAAGGCUAUGUUGUAUGUUCAUUUAUUACCAUAUGUAACCAUUCCAAUGCAUCAUGUGAUAUUAAGCAGUUCUGUACACAAAGUAGAAGGGUAGAAAUAUCUGGUGAAAGGUUAUAUAAUGUGUGUGUCCUAGUCCUUUAUAUGAAAACUUAGUGAUUUGUUGUUUUGCCAGGGAUCUAUUAACUAACUGUUAUUGAUAUAUCUUUGGUUUUGUUAAUAUGUUAUUAUUGAUUUUCAUUUAUCAUUUAUCGAAGCUAAUAUAAGUAAAACAACAUGUAGAUAUGAUAAAUGUUUAUUAAUGUAUGUCAUGCAAAAUAAAUAUAUAUUUUUACUAUU